AUGGAUGGCGGCGACAGUCAUCCGCAGAAGAAGUAUGACCCUUCCUACCUAGGAGGUCGGGUAAUCCGAGACACACCUGGAACCUCCGCAGACCGAUUUAGACAACCUCAACAAUCGACAUCUGCUAGAAGAGGGCCGCUAGAAACUGCCGUGGCUCCUCAGGAUGGAAGUGCGCCUCUUCCCCCUUACGGCGGGUUUGAAUACUCCGAAUCAACCCCAUACAAUGCUUCACAACUACAAGGCGGCUCGUUGCAAUAUCAACAAGGAUUUUCCAAUUCAAGAAACCCUCCGCAGUCAGCACAACCGCAGUCAACACCACAAGAACAACAACAACAACAACAACAACAACAACAGCGGCUACAGCAAUAUGACCACAAUAUGGUUUAUAACAUCAACCCCCAUGAUCAACAACAAUCUUCGUACUACCAGCCGCGGCAUUCUGCAGCCAUCGAGGUCUUAGCAACUCAAUUUGGAGUUCCACAAUAUUUCCCUCCUGACGAAUCUACAGCAGGCGCAGGUGCUUCAGCACAGUACUUAAGUCCACAAGACCAGUCACCUGGUUUUCCUCAACUUCCCCCAGUGAGUCGGCCUGGUGUGGCGACAUCGUUUGCUGAGAGCAUGUCGGGAUUCAAUUCUACUUCUGGACCCGAGUCCCAUGGAAGGCAAGAUGCAGCUCAACCACGAUCCUCUGGUCUUGACGAAGCGUACAAUCGGUAUCAGCAAACUAUAAGACAAGCAUUCUAUGAUGUUCGAGCGGGUCGGCUUGCUAGCGCUAGUGAUUCGAUGCUUGAGAUGUCAGAAUGGUUACUUGGAAAUGCGGUGGAACUGGGACUGAUUCGUGAUCAAGAAGACCUUCACGCUGACCGAAUUGACAUGUGGAAUAACUUUAAUACGUGCUGGCUUGCUAUUUGCCAAAAGCAAAAGGAUACCACACAGGAGAUGUUCGAUACGGGUGUUCGCUCUGCAGAACUUCUAAGUGAAGACACCUUGCAAAAAUUGGGAAGGGAAUUGGUCCGACUCUGUGACAAAAUGGAGCAGUACGGCUUAGUUGACUAUCAAAUGGGGGUGUGGGAGGAAGAGAUUUUAUGUGUGCUAGGACAAUGCUUGGAUCUUCUUGAAGGACACGACGAUCCCGGCGCAUCGAGCAGCAGGAACCGACCUCCAGCGACUGAUCAUUAA